CUCUGCUCUCUCCCCCCUCAAAUCCACAAUAUCCACGAUGUCUCCUCAUCAUGCAAAGCAGCAACGGCCAGUGAAGCAGUCGCUCAGCAAGUCGCUCUGUAGAGAGUCACACUGGAAGUGCCUGGUGCUCUCCUUCCUAAUGUAUGGCUGCAUGGGAGCAAUGACUUGGUGCCACGUAACAAAGGUGACCCGGUUGACAUUUGAUAGUGCUUAUAAGGGAAAGUCCAUGAUGUACCAUGAUAGCCCUUGCUCUAAUGGCUAUAUCUAUAUUCCUUUGGCCUUCUUGGUGAUGCUUUAUGUGGUCUACCUGGUGGAGUGUUGGCACUGCUACACUCGCAAUGAGCUCCAGUACAAGGUGGAUGUAGACAGUGUGCAUGAACGUGUCCAAAGGAUGCAGCAGGCCACACCUUGCAUCUGGUGGAAAGCCAUCAGCUAUCAUUAUGUCAGAAGGACACGUCAGGUCACCCGCUAUCGCAAUGGGGAUGCUUAUACUACCACCCAGGUCUACCAUGAGAGAGUCAACACCCAUGUGGCAGAAGCAGAAUUUGAUUAUUCUAACUGUGGGGCGAAGGACAUUUCAAAGGACCUAAUAGACUUGGAGAGUUUCCCAGCUACUCGGCUUCGCUUCACCAAGUGCUUCAGCUUUGCCAAUGUAGAAUCUGAGAACUCCUAUCUAACUCAGAGGGCCCGUUUCUUCACAGAGAACGAGGGACUAGAUGACUAUAUGGAGGCAAGGGAAGGCAUGCAUCUUAAGAAUGUGGACUUCAAAGAGUACAUGGUGGCUUUCUCAGACCCAGACAAUUUACCUUGGUAUAUUUCUCACUAUGUUUUCUGGGUGGCUGCUCUCUUGACUUUGUCCUGGCCCUUGAGAGUCUUGAAUGAGUAUCGCACUUCUUAUGUCCACUACCAUGUAGAAAAACUCUUUGGAUUUGACUAUGUGGCAGUAACACCAGCUGAAGAGCGUCCUUUCUGCCGACGGAUGCCUCGAGUCAACACAGUGGAUAGUACAGAACUAGAGUGGCAUAUCCGCUCCAACCAGCAAUUGGUGCCUAGCUACUCAGAGGCUGUCCUUAUGGAUUUGGUAGGCCUGUCUGGUUGCACUACUUAUUCCUCCUGCCAUUAUGGCAGUUAUCGGCAAAACUGUGAACAAUGCCAUAGGACUAUAAGUAGCUCUUCCAUCUUCUCCCGUAGUGCUCUCAGCAUCUGCAAUGGCAGCCCCAGAAUCCCCUUUAGCAGCAGUCGCUUCUCUCUGGGCCGCCUGUAUGGCUCCCGGCGCAGCUGCCUUUGGCAAAGUCGGAGCGAGAGCUUAAAUGAGCAAAGCUGUCCAACGGAGCAGACUCGCCUGUCCAGCCAAGUCACCAUGGAGGAGGAGGAACCUCCUCCUUACCAAGAUGCCCUCUAUUUCCCUGUCCUUAUUGUACAUCGAAAUGAGGGCUGCCUCAACCAUGAUCACCGCCACCUCCAUCGGAAUGGAUCCUGUGUGGAGACCUCACUCUAAAGGUGUGAAAACCACUUAAGGGAAGUGCCCUGACUCACAGAUCUGAUGGGUUAGGCAGGAGACGGUUUAGCAGAGAAAUACUGGCAUUAACCUAUCUUCGUGAGUCUGAAAGUAUUCCUCCCUCACAUUUUCCCUUGAACAAGUCCAUAGCUUUUGACUUCAUGUAAUAAAUUUGAUAUGGAGCAAUCAACACCAACAUCAGAUCCAUGGCACAGAAUUGCAGAUUGACAACCACAAGCAAAAAAAACAAACAAAUAAAGGGUGGGUGGGUGGGUGAGGAGAUACUAGGGCUUUUUCUUUCCUGUUCCACCUUCAACUGCCCAGGUCAACUUGACAGUAUCUCGCUGGAUCAAUCCCUGACUCACUUUUUUAGAGUUGUAUUUCAUCAGAAGAAUCCAUGACAGUGUAGCUUUUCCUCUCAAGCAAGACAAGUAACUGCACUGAUUCUCCAAGCAAAGGAACCUGAAAGAAAAGCUACAGUCCUUCCUUUUUUCUAGACCAUGCCUCGACUGUUACAUUGUCCUCAGCUCUGGGGACCCUGAGUUCUUAAGAAUUUCUGAUGUUUCACAUGUCAGAAUCAGCAACUUGUGGGUAAAGUUUAAAAUGUUCACAGUACUUACUCUUUUCUGGUAAUAGAAAGAAAAGAAAAUUAGCAAGGAAAACCUGGACUUUGAUAUAAUGCAGUUUUGAAUUCAAAUCCAAGAGAAGCCCCAAUAUUUAAAGUAAGGCACUGAAACUACCAUGUAUAUUUUAAGCAUGUCAAGAAGUUGUGGAGAUGACUGGGAGUCCUAAGAGAUCCUAAAUGAGAGGAAAUUAGUUGUCAUGAAGUUUCUCAGGUAAGAAAUUUGAUGAUGAGGAAGGAUCUAAGAGAUUCAGCUGCAGUUUUUUUUAAUGAUAAACUCAUUAGUGUGACACUGAUGGAUAUUUGUGUAAAUUUUACUGCAAAUCAAAUCCAUUUUCUGCUUCCUGAUGUUCUUUGGAAUAUGAAGGGAGGUAAUCCAUAUGUAAGUGAUAUUCCAACAGUUGGGCCUAGCAGUUUUCUGCUCCUUUGUGAAGAGCACAUGGUCAUUGGCCUAUUAUAGGACCCCCUCACUUCAUCCAUUCCCAAGUAUAUACCUUGAUGGAGUAUCAAACAUAUAUACCCCCAGACUAUUGGAUAUAUGUGUUUGACUUGUGCCAUAUUAGGAUAGAGCAUCAUAUGUGGAAUUUCUCUUUUCAUCCAGUCUGAUGAUUUUUCAGAGCUAGGAGUUUGUGGUAUGAACGUCUAUUCUGACAUGCCUGUUUUUGUUUUUGAUCUUGCAAACUGCAACUCCUCACAUUGCAGUUUUGACACUACAAAAUGUGACACCUAAGAUUUGAUUAAUGCAGUUUUCCUCAACUUUGAUGUUCUCCAUAUAUGGGGACCCCAAAAACAAGAGUUCUCAAUAAUGGUUAUGAUAUCUAGGAAACUUGGGAAGUCAAAAUCCACACUAUCACCAUCUUUCUUCGAUUUUAUUGUGUGUGAUUUAUUCUUUGGGGGAAAAAUCUUACGGAAGAAAGAUGGACAGCAAGGCCUGUGAUCUUGGUCAUAAGUGCUCUAUAAUUUACUAAAUUCAAUAAUAAAUACAUUUCUCUGCAAAAGCUCACUUUCUCAGAACAGAUCAGCAUUUCCUAUUGGUGACAUUCAGCUACAAAUCCCAGAACCUCCGAUGGCCAUGUUGGCUGGAAUCCUGGUUCAGGUUUCUAAACCACUGUUGCUGUGGCUUAGAAUACUAGUCUAAAAUCCGAAGUUUCAGGAACCUUAAUUCAUACCAUGUUUCACCAAAAAUAAGACCCUAUUUUAUAUUUUUUUUGAACCCCGAAAUAAGCACUUGCCCUUAUUUUUGGGGAGAUCUUAUUAUUUUGGGGUGCAUGGAGCAAGACGGGGCUCCUCUUGCCAUCUUACCUUAUUUCCAGCUGUCUCCCUAACUCUAACCAGAGGAAAUGGCGGGGACCAGCUGCGCAUGCAUUUAAAUAUUUUUGGGGAGGGGGGCUUAUUUUCAAGGGGGGCUUAUUUUAGCGCAUGUGCUCAAAAGCCCAAUUGGGCUUAUUAUCAAGAGAUGUCUUAUUUUCGGGGAAACACAGUAGUAGAGUAAUAUUUUUCCCAGGACUAAUUAAAAUGUGAUAAAAUAAUAAACAUUCAAGUUAUUCACAACUAUAUUACAAUCUGAAUAUUAAGUAACAAAGUUGAGAGUAGGAGGAAAAAGAAAGCUGGACAUUAUAACUAGGAUGCUAUGCUAAUUUUUUCAGGGAUGUUAUCUAUCUUACACAUACUAAGUUUGAGGGUUUUAUUAUGAGAGCCAGUAUUACAUAUCACAGUUUGUACGAGUAAUAGAUUUUUGUGUCUUAAAUAACAGAACUCAGCUUUACAUCUAGCCCUGUCUAUAGCACCUUGCUAGUAUUUCAAAUUAUUUAUGUCUGAAAUGAUUACUCCAUUGGGAACAGAUUUGAUGGCCUGAUUUGCUCCUAUAGUGACAGUUCAUUUUCUUCAUUUCUAAGCUGGGUUCUUUCAGAUGCAUCUUAAUCUCAUUGUUUCUCCUUCAUUGAUUAAAGUGAAGAACAAUUAACUCAGCUCCUCUUUUGACUUCUCUAUUUGAUGGAACCAUCUUGUCUUAAUUUUCUAGUAAAGUUUUCCUUUCUCCCUUCUCAAAACUUCAUACUUCUAUCACUAUUUGACGACUGCUGUGCUAUGCUAUACUGUUAGAGGAUUAUUGUAGACAAAACAGCAUAUACAUUAGAGCACAUUUUGACAUUUUUUUUUGUAUAAAGUGCUUUGGAACUUACACAAGUCUGAGUACAGCACUUUAUGCUAUUCAUUAAAGCAUCCCAACUUUUUUAGACUUCUACAUGAAUCCCCCCACCAUGUUGUAGCUGCUUUAAAGAAUCUACUCAAUAAAAACUAAUGCAACUCUUAAAGCAUCACCACCCUUUUUUCCUAGUUCAUAUGGAAGCCUGAAAAAAAAGGACUAAUGAAUAGCAUAGAGACGUUGUACCCAUAUUUGAAACACUUAUUCCAAAAGGUGACAGCAGACAUAUCAUCACUGUUGGAGGAUUUGUACUGUUUUUUUCACUAUUUAUACAUAACUUGCAAUAAUUCAAUCUAUUUUCCCUGUCAGUGUAACAACUUUGAUAUUUGAUACAUUAUUAUAAAAUCCAUAAGUCUUGUUGCAUCAUACAAUUGAUCUAACAUUUUCUGCAAAUUAUCUGGGUUCUCAGGAAGCCACAAGGCAUUUUCUGCAUAUAAAUUAUAUAUAAAGUAUAUGUACAGUCACAUCUCCAACAAACACACCUGCUAUUAGAACUAGUUUUCCGUAUACUUUUAUUUAUGAAUACACUUAACGACCAAACCAACUCCACACAUUCUUAACCUAUUCCUAAUUCCUAAUAUUGAACCAUUGAACUUGCCAGGUAUAGAUAGUCCUUAUAACAAUUUGCUUAGUGACCAUUCAAAGUUACAAUGGCACUGAAAAAAGUGAUUUAGGACCGUUUUCAUACUUAUGGCUGUUGCAGCAUCCCCAUGGUCAUGUGUUCAAAAUUCAGAUGCCUGGCAACUGACUCCUAUUUAUGAUGGUUGCGGUGUCUCAGGGUCAUGCAAUCCCCUUUUGCAACUUUCUGACAAACAAAGACAACAGGGAAGCCAGGUUCACAUAAUAACCGUGUUACUAAUUUAACAACUGCAGUGAUUCACUUAACAACUGUGGCAAGAAAAGUUGUAAAACGGGAUAAAAUUCACUUAACAAAUGUCUCAUUUAGCAGCAUAAAUUCUGGGCUCCGUUGUGGUCAUAAGUUGAGGACUACCUGUAUUCCAUUUCUUCCUAUGCAUGUUUUGUUUCCAUUAUAGCUGCUGUUAUUGUAUUCAGCAACAAUAUAUUCAAUGUCAUAGUGAUGUAACAUUUCUCAGCAUUUCUUGCUGAAGAGUAAAAUUGUUUGUGCAUCUGUUGCCCAGCAUUUAUUAAUUUUAGGAUAUAGUCACCUCUUUUAUCAUUUUGAUUAUUUUAUAAAAGAUCUUCUGAGGUACAUUUAAUCACCAAUAUUUUUAUAGUUUUUACAUUCACUCUUGUUACUUUUCCUUUUGUAAAGGGAAACAAUAAUGGCAUUCUUACAACAAUCUUUGAGAGUUGCACAGCCCCUAGGUAAGCAAAUCAUAUCCAUAUUUCACUUACAUCUUUACAUUUUUCAGCAUUCUUAUAGCAUUAUCAUUCCUUGGCUUCAAUUUGUUCUAAGUCAUUUAAAAUAUAGCUUUCAUUUCAUUUGUAUUUCUGAUAUAUCAUUAUGAUUCCAAAUGAUCCAUAUGCUCUGAAAUACUCCUUCCAGCAUUCCCCCACUUUAGUUUCAUUCAAUGUCAUUUUACCACUUUUACUUUUAGUUCUGUUACUCUCCUGGAAGCUUCUUGUUUUGCCUUCUUACACAUUUUCAAAACAAUCUUAUGUCCAUCAAAAUUGCUCUGCAUUUUCUCUUAAUUGUUCUUUCUUUUUCCUAGCAUUUUCCCUUAAGUGCAGGUCAUUUUUUCAGACCAGCUGUGUGGUUGUGACAGGAAUUGACUUGUGGACUCUUGGUUUGUAACCUGGUGCUUUAAGCACCAACUGGCUUUUGACUAAAAUAUAUAUAUUGUACUAUAUUUUUUCUCAUUCCCAUUCUUUUACAUGCUUUUUUUUUUCAGCCACAGCCUCUUUCUUUUCAGUUGAUCAUUUUAUCAAGCAUCUUUUUUCACACUUCCCAUUAGUAUAAUUCCACACAUCUCUGUAGCGCUCUGUAAUUAAGCUGCCAAGAAAUUUUUGAUUGCAAAAGGAUAAAAAUGUGAAAUAAUUUUCAUUGUUCCAGCUUUCACAUCCUGUUUCCUUAUGUCACCUAGCAGAAUAAUUGCCCCCUUGGGUUGUAUUUAUUCAGAAUAUUACACAAUUUCCUUAGAACCUUCCUCUAUUUUUCCCAUAUUCCCUGAAAUGUAACAUGCAACUUUCUUUUCACUUCAUUGGUUCUUUUUAUCAUUUACAACUCUUAUAUUCCAAGCUACAAUAUUUCAUAAGUUGUUGUUACCAGAUGGGCCCAUAUAUAUUGAUUUCUUUCUCUUAUCAUUAAUAUGGUGAUUUAUCACUUUCACAUAAUGCAUUUUAAUAACAGAUAUGAUGAAACCAGGUGAAAAGACUUAGUUAGACAACAUGCAAUAGUCCAUGCUCGUGAUAAGAGUAGUUUGGGUACUUUUGGUCAAUAUGUUAAAAGUGCCACUGAAGCUGUUGAUUUCUUUAAUUAUUAAAAUUUAAUUAUUAAAAUUAAAGAAUACCAUCUAUUUCAAAAAAAAAUUAAGGCAGAUUUAUUAUUAAAUGAGAAAAAAGUGAAAUCACAAAAUUUAACAACCCUAAACAAGAUGACAGUCUUAAUUCAUAAAUAUUUAAAACAUUGUAAAGAUCAACAAGUAGGUACCCUAUGUUUGUGUUAGUGAUGAAAUGCCCAUCUAAAUGAAAUGCUUUUCCUGGAACUCUGGAAAGGUUCCAUUGAGGUCCAUCUCACCUUGGGAGAUCAAGUGUUCCACAGGAUCAGGACAAAGCAAUAGAAAGCUUUGUAUUCUAGUUCCUGCCUUUUUACCACCAACUGGAUCAAUUGGGAAAAGAAGGUUCUAAAGGUAUGCAGGAGCUGAACCAUGAAGUGCUUGGACAAUUUAAGACAAGACUUAAGACUUAAUUAAGAUUUAAUAAAAAGUUUGAACGCUAUAGCAACAACCAAUAUAGCAAGCUUAGUUCUAAUACUACAUUGCUAAAUGGCUGGGACAGAGUUAUCAUCAAAAGUAAUACCAAGCAGAGUGUGUUACAGUAUUCUAAUCACAUAAUAAUGAGGGUGUGAGUUACCCAUUGCCUCCUUAUCAGAAAGGACCAAAAUUGGUGCAGAGCUAAAGUUUGGCAAAGGCUGCUCUGGUCACAGCCUUUACUUGAUGCUGAAAUAGAAUCUGUGAGUCUAGGACAGCCUCAAAUUGCAGACAUGCCCUUCAUGAGGAGUUUGUCCCUCUUCAGGGCCAACAUUGAGAUGAGAGGCUCUCCCAACUCACUCCCAAUCUUGUGCAAGAUAGGAUUUCUAAUUUACAGAUCAUCUGGCGACCCAGCAUAUUUUGCCCAACCUCUCAUCUGUUCUGUGGAAGCUCUGAGUGUCACAGGAGGGAUGACAACAGGCAAGUUUUCUUAAUUUCAUAUGUUAGCAUUCAGUUUUAAACAGAGAAGUAAAAAGUUGAUUUUUAUAAUACUAUGAGGUUAGAGAUGAUCAACACUGCUUUUUAUAAUCCAGAUGUGUCCAAUCAGUGGGUUGGUUCAUAUAUUAUGAUGAACUACAAUAUGGUAUUUGGGUUUAGCUGGAUAUUGUGUGAUUCCAGCCAAUUGUGAUUUGUUAAGCAAGCCAUGGCUUGGUGUGUAUUGAGACAACCGAUAAAUGAUUAGUCAGAUGAAGGAAAAAGAACAUAACUCUAGAAGCUACCUUAAUGAACCAAAUAUAGUGAUUUUGAAGAAAGAUUUUGAUAAGAAGAUGCAGUUGCAGACCUGUUCAUGAAUUAGUAACUUGGGACACAGAUACAUCUUUUGAAUUCUUUGAAUUCCUAUUCAGCUAUAAAGUCUUAAGAAUCAAGACUCAAAUAAUCUCAUGUCUGCAGCCUUGAAUUCAUGGGAGAAUGGCAAGGAUUCAUAUGUGAUAUAGUGUAUAACCCAAUCUGAUGCAAGAUACAGUGGGGAAGAAAAAUAAUUGUCAAGUUAGUUUUCAUAGAUGUUUAUAACGUCUUGGUUGAAACAAAUAUUAAUAUUUUCUGGGAUAAUUUAAUGACAGCUGUUCCUUAAAAACACCUCAGUUUUCUUAAGCAUUCCAAGAAUUUUGUGUUUUAAAAACAUAUAAAUGUUCUGUUCUGUUGUCAUACAUAAUGUCCUUUUAAUACUGAAGACUGGUGCUACAGCUAGCCAUUCCUAGAUUUGGGAUGGGUUCCUAAUUCUUUAUCCCUUCUGUUCCCCCCAUACUAUCAUUAUGCUUAAUGAGAUAAUUUAUAUAUCUAUAUAGACAAAAUUAAAAGGUAAAACAAAUUAUUUCUGCUAAUUAUAAAUUAGCAUUAUAUUUGAAUGCUAUUUAUGACUGAUUUGUGUUUAAAAACUUGAGCAGAAAAAAUCAGAAAGAGCCACAACUCAAUUUAUGAAUCAAGAUUAAAAUGCAAUCAUGGGCAUCACCACAAAAACUGAGUUUGAUAUUUCACAAAUUCUGAUCUGAUAUGGAAGCCUUUAUGCAAGUAUCAAGCAAUAAUGUACUUUUCAAACAUGAUGUACCAAAUGUAUUUUUAUGAACAAAGCAAAUUUCAUAAUGCAUUUUAUAAUGUAAGUAACAAGGUAAGUAUAUCUGUAAAGUUGUCUAUUUUCCCAUACAUUUAAUUUUGUUUGAAAAACAAAUCAUGCUUUUCCUUUAAAUUUGCUUUUACAUCCCUUUAUUGGGCCUUAUAAGUAAGUGACUUUAACAAGUCAGCUUAUUGAUCCAUAAAGUGCAGUUCGCUCUGCAAGACAUUUUCUUGCACUGCAAAUUAGAGAUCCUUCUCAACAAUAUUGAAAAGUUCAACAUACAGUUAUAAAUGGCAUUUGAGAAAAGAAACCAUGUGGCUGAUCAAAUUGUCAGGAUCAUUUAAUCUAGUUCAGGAGUGUCAAAUUCGAUUUCAUCGAAGACUGCAUCAGGAUUGUGUUUGAUCUCGGGGGGCUGGGCGUGGCUGUGGUGUCUGUGGCCAGCUUUACAUCACUCAUGUUAUGGUGCCUGUAGUGGCCCAAGCGCUCUGCCAAUGAAAACAGGCUCCCAGGCUGUUUUUGGCUGUGACAGCCUCCUGCAGCCCUCUGAGGAGGGCUGCUGCACAGCUGCACAGAGGGCUAUGCGGCCCCUCUGGGCUCCGUUUUCGCUGGCAAAAGGCAGCAGGUGGCUGUCGCAGCUGAAAACGGAGCCUGGGAGCCUGUUUUUGCUGGCAGAGCGCUGGUCCUUCGCUAUUUCCAGGAGAGCCCUGCGGGCCAGAUGUAAGCACCCUGCGGGCCAGAUGCGACCCGCUGGCCUUGAGUUUGACACCCUUGAUCUAGUUCAUACUAACUCAUGAACAUCCAGAAAAAAAGGGUACAUAUUUAGGUCUCUGCAAAUCAUUUGAGGUGCUUCUCCUUUUCUGGCAGAGGUGUUUUCUGCCUGGAGGGUCCAAUCUGAGACUGCAGCUGCUUUGCAGCUUUGAGGAACAGAUUUAGUGAAUUAUAGGUGAAGAAUCUCAUUUGCACAGUUCACUUAGGAGAUGGAUUCGCAUCAAUAACGCCAUUCCCAAUCACCCAUCUUUCCCAACACAUUGAUUUUCACUGGGAAGACCUGGCAUUUUAGUCUGAAAACAAUGUGGGAUGUAUAUCUGUACAUUAAUUACAUGUAUAGAGACACACAUUGUCAAAUAAGCAUGUUGUUGUCUUUUGAACAUGCAAGUAUAUCUAUCAUUGCUAUUUUUAGAAGACAAAGUGAUAUAUGCUUACAGUGUACCAAGAAUUUGAAGAAGGACCUGAUUGAGAUGGCUGUUGGUCAGCAUGUAAAACUGCAGUUUUACACAGCUUCUAUUCAAUACUCAUUGCCUGUGUAAUUCCAAGCUUUAAUUCCUAUAUUUUCUAUUCCUCUGAUUCCUUGUUUUUGACACUUUAGUAUUUAUUUGCUUAUAAAGUGAUCUGGAAUUCUUGUAGCAGAAUGAAGUAUGCAUUAAUUAAUUAAUUAGAUUCCAAAUGGUUCCAUUACUUUUGUGAAUAUUAUUUGUCCAUUCGAUACAAUAUCAGUAAGCAAGCCGUACAAGAAUGAUCAUGCAUAAAACCAUAGCAUUGAAAGGGGACAUUGAGUCCAAUUCCUUGCUUAGCACAGAAAUCCUAGUAUAAUCAUUCUUGACCACUGUCUUGCCUCUGCUUCAAUAAUCUAGUGGAAGGGACCCCACCACUCCUCUGAAUAACUUUCCACUUUUGUUCCCUCUAUUGGGCAUCUUUUUCUAACAUUCAUUUGGACUAUGCUUUCUUGUUACUUAAAUCCUCUUCAAGUAUUGAAGAAUAUCCUUCAAUCCUUGCAAGGCUAAACAGCGUUUCUCAUUUUCCUUUACUGCUGCUUGAUGGAUUUGGAGGAUUGUUACCAUAGCAGCACAUAUGGCAUGUAAAAUAAUUGGUGAUCAUUCCUAUGAAGAAACAGAGUAAGAGGACAUCUUCUGAGAACGAUAAUCAUUUGAUAAUUAUAGAUAGUUAUUAAGGUUAUUGAAUAAUAUACCAUUUUACAUCUCCCAAAAUGACAGUAUAUUUAAGCAUCAGUGGUAGAAUCAUAGGCCUUUUUUUUACAAUACUCCUUAGUUGGAGAGAUGAUAAUGCAUACAAAAUAUAUACAAAUGGCUCUGAAUAGUUGCAGACAGAAAAUCAGUACUGACGGAAGAAGUGGUCAACCAAAAAGGGGGAAGCUGGUCUGAGAGGAAUAGGAAAAUGUCACAUAGAUACAAAAUCUUAUUUAAAAAUAAUUGUGUUGUUCAUUUUAUUAGCAUUUCAUGUUUUCACUAAUCAUUUAAAUACAGCAGCAGCUUUACUUAACUUUCAUAGUGUGAAAAUGAAUGGCAGGGAUUUGCUGCCUGGUAAAUGUGCAGGCAAGCAUGACAAGGUACUUGUCUUCUUGUGAUUGUUAUUAUGUGUCACCUUCUUGCAAACAAAAAAGUGGGUCAAGUCAUAACAGCAGAAUUAGGUUCUCUUAUACGCCGCCUGGUUGUAAAAGAAGCACUGUAAAGGAAACAGAUGUCCAGAAUAAAAUCACUGGCAGACAUAAUAAAGUAUGUGCAGAGCUUCCUAACUUGAACUUGCUUUUUGAAAAAUGAUAUUCAGCAUUCAAUUAAAGAAACUUAAUCUGUCUGGACUUAUAAUUCUGUUAUAUAUUAUCUCUUAGUUGGAACAUCUUGAAACAAUAUAAUUGGAAUGAAUGUGAAGGUCAUUUAGUCCAAUUCUUAAAUGUUGCCUACUACCUAAGUAUCCCUGAGUUGGGCUCAGACAGGUGGCCUUCAUAUUAGAAUACAGAAUAACAGAGUUGGAAGGGACCUUGGAGGUCUGCUAGUCCAACCUCCUGCUCAAGCAGGAAACUUUAUAUACCAUUUCAGGCAAAUGGCUGUUCCAAUCUCUUCUUAAAAACCUCCAGUGAUAAGAGCAUCUGCAACUUCUGAAGGCAAGCUGUUCCACUGAUUAAUUGUUCUAACUGUCAGGAAAUUUCUCUUUAGUUCUAAGUUGGAGCUCUCAUUCGUUACUUCUGUCUUUAUAAUCUGUAAUUCUUUCAAUGUGAUUGAAGUGAUUUUGAUCCUGUUCAUCUUAUCUAAUGCCUUCCCUUUCCCAUAACUCUGCCAGAGAUAGUUGUUUUUAUUCCAUCAUCAAAGAAUCAGAAUAUGUACUUCUAUGCCAACUAAUAAUUUCCUCUAGACAACAAUGAGAUUUAUUUGGGCCAGAACUGAUUUUAUUUUUCUAGCACUCCGGGAUACUCUUAGUAUCUUUUGUUUUCCAUAGCCAUGAUUGAACAUAUCUUUUUUUCUUUUUCAUUUUUUUUAGUUUGACAACUUUAAUUUUUUUAAAAAAAUUGUUGUUCUGAUAUCUGUUGCCACUAUCCUUGCUCUUCAUGGUCUUGUUUAAGUUUGUCAUGGACUUGCUCCCUAAGAUUAAUCUCCACUUCUCCAACACACUGUCUCUUAUACUAUUCUUGAGCUCAGGAAAGCAAAACUAUUUACCAAAAAAUCUUUUCUUUUAACAUUAUUUUAAUGAAAUUGUUAAGUUUCAUCCUCCAAUUUUGAUUCAUUAACUAGUUAUUAUCCCUGUCAUCUUCAAUCUUGGCAUUUGCAUAUUUUAAGACUAAUGAAGUUCCUUAAGUUAUUCAUGAAUUCUGAUUAUAUGUCCUGCCGGUCAAAGCUUGUGGGCACUCCUACUCUCUUUAUCUUUCUAAGUUUAACCUGCAUAUUUGACACCAGUAAUUCAUGGCCUGUUCCACAGUCUGCAACUAAAAGUAACCUGGCUAAGUGGAUCUAUUUCAUAUUAUCUAUUCAGUCUGAUACUGAUGUGUUUGGAGAUAUCUAGGUGUAGAGAUUGCAUUUAUAUUUCUUGAUGCAGAUGCUGGCACUAAACAAACAACAACAAAAAAAGAACAAAAACUCAAAGUUUCUUCUGCAUUACUGCAUUUACCCAAUCCAAAUUGGAAGUUCCAGAUACCUCCAUUUAUUUAUCAGUUAGAUUUAUGUUCCAACUGAUAAAAGCCCAGAUUCUCCAACUUUUGCAUUCUGAUCAUUUAUUAGUAGAACUAUGUCUUUUCUAGAUGUUACAUUUGGCACGUCUUGUAAUUUGCAAUGGAAUUUUUCAAUGCCUUCUAUCAUAGCAUCUAUAGUAGUAAGGGUGUAGAUUUGCAUAACAUUGAUGUUCAUAGGGUGCUUAUCACUUCGGAUCGAUAUGAUCCUGUCAAUCAUUGAAUUAUAUUCAAGCACUUAUUUAACAAUGCCUUUUUAAGUAUCUUUGCCACUGCACUCCUUUAUAGGAUCUCAUGUCUUGAAUAAGUAUAUUACGUAUACAGAUUGAUAUCUGAUUUGAAGUGGCCAAUUCUGGUUUAGUUCUGUUCACAUAUUCCUUAAAAGUUCAAUUUCAUAUGCUUCAGUUCUACUUCGAAUGUUUCAGGGCUUCCUUUGGUCUCCUCACAUUCCACCUUGCAAUUUAAUGUCUCCUUUAUUCAGUAUUGCCAAUUGAUCAGAAUUCCUUGCAAUUUUGACUUGUCUUCAAAUUGUCUUCAGAUCUAUUCAUGAAAGUUCAAUAUUCUUUUCCAAUAACUAGUGUGGUACAGUUUGACUUCAUAGUCUGGUGCCCCAAACUAUACAGUUUUCUUACCAACGAAACAAAAAGGAUUUGCUACUUCUCUUUUCCAGGUUCUUUCUUCCUAAUGGCAUAGCUUUUGUAUUGAUGGGUAUUGUAAUGUACACCCUCAGUAAUCUUUCUGAAGUGGUAGGAAUAAAAUCAGUCAAUUGAUAAUUGUAGGGCCACUGAAAUAACUGAAUCCCCUUACUAAUUCAGUUAGUAAGUUCUCCUUUGGUAACUAUCUGGUCUAUCAGUUUUCAGAAGCAGCUAAGAGACUUGUGCCACCUUUUAGGCUGGCUAAUUUAUUAUUAAAAGUAAGUUUAUGCAAUGAUAAAUGAGUGAGUCUUUUGAGAUACUACAAGAGUUUUAGGAUUUUUGCUGUAAAAAACUAACAAGCUACCUCUGUGUAAACUGCUCAAUUUUCCAAGGCAUUUUUUCUUCCUUUUCAACAACUUGAAAUAUUGAGAAGUUCUUCCUAAUAUAGUCACACUGCCCCUUUUUUGUUCAUUAGUUUGAAUUGGGUCCUACUCUUGAGUGACACUCUGAAAGCAUAAUAUGUUUGAAGAAAGUUAUAAUCUACCUCUAAUAUUUUAUGGGAACAGAAGCAAUCGGCCCAUGUGGAAACUGGAGAACACCCACACCCACACCCACACCCACAAAAAUGUGUGCAAAAGCUUUUUUACCCUUGUACCUCCCAAACCAGUGAGAGUUUAUUUGAAAAACUAAGGCUGAAAUAGCUGAUACACAGAAAAUGACUCUUGUGCUAUUCAAUAAAUGUAGAACAUCCAAUUGCAGUUUACCCAGAAUCUGCUUUUUAUCAGAAUUAAAUUAACUCUUGUAUUUUCUAUCCUUUGCUCUUCAGAGUUCAAACAUCUAUUAGCUACUGUGUUAAAGUAUCCCUUGUAAAGAAGGAAUAGUAUUACUAGCAAACCUUGGCUAAUAAAAAGCUAAACAUUCUGGAAAAACAAAAAAGAUACACUAUUUCAAUUGGCAAUUGAUAGAUAUUUCUUCUUAGUUUGAUAAUGUAUGUAGCCAGUUGAUCUACAUUGUCAGAAUCUAUUUGUUGCUGAAAACUCUUCGGCAUCAUAGAAUGACUAGAAAAAAAAUGAAUUGUCAGCUAGAUUUUAUAGCUUUAAACAGUUUUCCUACAGUUAUUAUAGAACAUCCAUUAUCAGAAGCAGUAUAAUAAGCAGAUAAUUGCUGAUAUGGCAGUCAAUAAUUUCACCAUAUUAAUCUAUAGUGUCUAGGUUAAGAUUGAUCUGAGAUUAACCAUACUUUAACACUGAGGGUCUCAUUUAAAUGCUAUCUUCUUAAACUACUUUUCAUCAAUUAGAACUACGCUGGCAGAAACUAAGAACUAAAUGAUUACUAGUGGUGUUUAUUGAAUGACACAUUGAAUUUUUUCUAAUUGGAUUUCUAAACUUUUAAGUUGUUAAUUAGUAUCUUCAAGUAAGCCAACUUCUAAGUAAAUAAGUGCCCUGGGAAGUAAAACUUGCUAUUACAAAUGGGGUAUCUCAGACAGAUAAUUUUAGUCAUAGUCUAUUCCCAAGUAUGAAUUUGAACAGAAGCACAAAGCCAUAUUUCAAUUGUAAGUUUAAAAAAAUAGAUCUAAUUUUUUUUUACUUACAAUUGAACUAAUUGUAAGUUUAAAAAAUCUAAUUGCAACUAAUACUGAUCUGCCAUUUUAAUACACAGACUUGGUAUGGAAGAGAAAUGUAAUAUUCUCUGUAAGCAAUCUAUUUUGGCUUAUUGCCUUUAAAGAAUAUUAUGUAAAGAUGUAGUCACACAAACCCUUUUGGGCCUGAAAUCUUACCUAGCUCAAAUCUUACUAUGAUAUGGACAAACAAGGCUGUAUUUACUCAACACGUGUCUGUACUCUUCACUUUUCACAAGUAGGUUGCUUUGUGGGUUUUUUAAAAAAGAUAUCCUCAGAUUAACUCCCAAACUAUUAAAUCACAGAUUUCAUCCAUAUUGUGAGGAGCUGCACUUGCCCUGUCUGUGUGGUUUGUAGUCUUGGACCUUUUUCUAAGAAGAUUAAGAAGGUCUCCUAGUCAGGUGUGUAAUUUACGUAAUAAAUAAUUUUACAUUUUCAAUAAACCAGCCUGCCUCAGCAUUAAAAAAAAAUAAGUUGUUGAUGGUGAAUACCUAAUGUUGUAGAUGUGUCUCAGGGGGACAUUUUGUACUUGCUGCUAUUGGCAUCCUUCUGAUUUUAGUGUAACCCCUGUAGUUUGGUCCACCGGGGGUGUACAGAUGUGAGUUAGAAAGGGUACAAACACACUGGGUUUUGAGAACUAAAGGGUAGUGUUCUUAACAAUUCUAAUGCAACUGCUGAUGCUACCUGAGAUAACUUCUUAAAGAAUCCUUUCUGAUCUGUUAAUGGCUACAACAUCAAGCCAUUAAAAGCCCCAUUGACCAAGGAACAUGUAGACAAAAGAACAAUGGUUAGAGACUGGUAUGAAUCCCAGAGAAAGAAGUAACAGAGGAUAUGUAUUCAAUUCUGACAAAACUUUAUCUGUGAGCACUGAGAACUGCCAUUAUUUGUCAGUAUGUUGGUAUGACCUGUCUGUUUCUCUGUAUGUACAAACAGUAUAUCACAAUGCUGCCUUUUUGUUGGAAAUAUCAAAGUACAAAGAUUGUAAACCAAAUUAAUGUAAUAAAAGUUCCAGAUGAUUCCAGUG